UCUGUUCUAUUUCUUCUUCUCCUCCUCCGCCGUUAUAUAUAAAACCCUUCCCCGAAACCCUCGGAGCUACAUCACGAGCAAUGACCGGCGCAUUGUUCAGAAACGCUGCCUCCGACGCCGCUCGGAUCUUACGUUCACACCGAACGUCCGCGGCGAAUCCUCUCGGAAAGCUCGAUCUUUUACCACGAGGAGGAGACGUCCGGCGAUUUCAGCCGAGGCCUUAUUUUCGCACGCCGCAGUUUCUCGGGAGAUCAAAGGAAGCAAGAGUCUCUCCUUAUUCACUUAUCUCCGGUUUCUGCUCUUCUUCUUCCUCUUCUUCCUCGACAGCCUCUACUGCGUCGUUUGUAAAGACAGGGUUCGUGGGAUGGUAUUUGAGCAUGUUGAAAACACGGCCGGUUCUGACUAAAUCCGUCACGUCUUCUCUUAUCUACAUAGCCGCUGAUUUGUCUUCACAGUCAAUUCCUCAAGCUUCUUCCGAGUCUUAUGACUUGGUGAGAACAGCUAGGAUGGCUGGUUAUGGUUUACUGAUCUUAGGUCCUACGCUUCACUAUUGGUUCAAUCUUAUGUCAAGACUCUUCCCGAAGCGAGAUCUGAUCACAACGUUUAAGAAAAUGGCCAUGGGACAGACGGUUUAUGGUCCUACCAUGAACGUUAUUUUCUUCUCGCUGAAUGCAGCUCUACAAGGUGAAAACGGAUCAGAGAUAAUUGCUAGAUUGAAAAGAGAUCUACUUCCCACGAUGCUGAACGGUGUCAUGUAUUGGCCUAUGUGUGAUUUUAUUACAUUCAAGUUCUUCCCAGUUCAUUUACAGCCACUUGUGAGUAACUCGUUUUCGUAUCUUUGGACUAUCUACAUAACUUACAUGGCUGGCCGUGAGAAACCAACUCCCAUUGCUAGUUGAAACAUUUCUGUUGCAAACCCUUCUCACACGCCCAACUUUUAUCUAUAUGGAGAAUUCAAUUAUGUUAGUCAAAAAGGAAGGAAGCAGAGCCUUCUUCUACAUUCUUUGUUUUUUCUCUGAAGAUUUCAGAGUAAAUGUAAAGACUUUGAAGAACACAGCAUUUGGAUAUCACUCUUAGAUUUAACUCAGCUUGGCGUUUAUACUUUUAUGUAAUA